AACAUUAGUAAACCUUCAUGACGCAGUUUUCUGAACCCUUUCAUAAACAAAUACGAUCCACCCAUAAUUCGACAUCACAACUUCCCUGUAAUAAUAACGAACAUAAUGACAGAAGAGAAUACUUCAAGCAGUGCGACAGCAGCCGAAGCUCCAAUCGCUCCAGUUGCUAUCUUCAAGAAACGAGGCGCAAAGGGAAAAGCCAAUAUCAGAAAACGUCCGGCAACGCCACCGCCAGCUAAUAGCGACAGCGAUGAUGAUUACACAUCAUCUGAAGAUGAAGCAGGGCAACGAGUUAAACGACGCAAGAAGAAUGCCGUCGUCACAGCCUCGUCUAAAAACAACAUAACACAUACCAAUCAAAAUCAUAACGCCACCAUCUUCGAAGCGGAUCGCAGCGUACCCAUCACAAGUACAAAUGACGCUACGAAACAAACCAAUUGGUUCGACGAAGACACGAAUCUGCUAGGGAAAACACGGCCAUUACCAAAAUCCAAAGAAUCAGAAGAUGUUUCGACACAGCCAGAUGGAACCUACAAAGGUCUCGCAAACCAGACGAAAUUCAUACGAAGAAAUCCCGACGCGCCCAACCGGACUGUCGGUCCUAUUAAAGCAGCCACCAACAUCCGAACCAUCACAGUUACCGAUUUCGCGCCUGAUGUGUGUAAAGAUUACAAGCAGACCGGUUUCUGUGGUUUCGGAGAUAACUGCAAGUUCCUACACGCUCGUGAGGAUUACAAACAAGGGUGGCAACUAGACAGGGAAUGGGAAAACGUAACCAAGGGAAAGAAGAACAUAGGUGGAAAAGUAGUCGCGAGCGCCAACCGCGGCGCCAAUGCCGACGACGACGAUAUUGAUGCGGCCGAAGAAGCUUUACUAGAAAAAAUACCUUUCGCCUGUAUCAUCUGCAAAGGACCAUAUAAGGAGCCCAUUGUAACAAGGUGUCAGCAUUAUUUCUGCCUACCCUGCGCAUUACAGAGAUACAGGAAAGAUCCCAGUUGUGCGGCUUGCGGUGCGGGUACGGGAGGUGUUUUCAAUACCGCAAAGACGCUUAGCAAAUUACUGGAAAAGAAGAAAGCACGACAGGCCAAGAAGCGGCAGAAAGCGAUUGAGGCCGGAGAAGAAAUACCCGAAGAGGAAGAAGAGCUCGGAAAAUAAUAGCUUAACGGAGUUAUGAUGAUGGAAUUUGGUACAAUUAUUUUCCGCACUGCCUAAUUCUGGGGUGUGCUAGGGAGUCUCAAUAUCGCAGCAUUCAAGAUGUGAGACCAUCGGGUCUGAGUCGCACCACGCUUGCGUGAGGCAGUGCUGCUCAGUCAGCUGAGGCUAUUGCUGGGCUCGAACAUUGAAUGCCUUAUAGCCCAACAGGUGGCGUCGUCAGGCGUUAACACGUGGAUUAAUAGUGCAUACAUACUCAGGUAGAUAUAUUAGAACUACUGAUAUGUGUAAAUAAAAAAGAGACAGAUCACCUUGAAACAUAUACAAUAUCAAUCAGCCUCAA